ACGGAGAGUAUGAAAGCAAUGUCUGUUCGAUCGACAUUUUUGCUUAUCGUCAUCCUCGCCGAACUGCUGCUGUGCACCAACGCUUUCGUUACAAAACAGCCUACAUUGCCAAUCAGGCGGGUAAAACGUCAGUGGGGAUACGGCGGUUACGGUGGUUAUGGUAUGGGUGGAUACGGUAUGGGCAUGGGUGGGUAUGGUAUGGGUAGGUAUGGUAUGGGUAUGGGUGGGUAUGGUAUGGGUAGGUAUGGCGGUGGAAUGGAUAAUAACUACGGUGGUGUAGAUAUUGGUUCAAUCAACGAUGAAAAUAUCAGAGGUGGAUUCGGUGGUAUGGGGUAUGGAGGUUACGGAGGUUAUGGAGGUUAUGGAGGCUGGGGACGAUAG